GAGUCACUAGUUUCUGAAAUUACUACGACACACCUGUAAAUAUUUUUAUACCAUAAUAAUAUUUUUGAAUACAUAAAAGUAAAAUAACAAAGCAAAAAUGAAGACAAAAAAUAUUCUCUUUUGUUUAACUAUUGGGUUAGUUAUGCUGAGCCUUUGUGCAGAAGCAGAAGCAAGACGUAAGAUUCUCAGAGGCCGACAAGUUAUAACAAGAACUUAUAACAAAGGGUUGGCCGUUCCUGCCUGGUCGAUUGUUCUAAUGUGUGGAAUAGGAAUGAUUAUUCUGGGGGGAUUAUUAUAUGUUGCAAUGUACAAAAUGAUUUUAUCAGAAAGUAAAAGUGAAGACAUAAAUAUGAUACCAGUUUACACAGCAGCUGCAACAAGAGAUGAUGAUGAAUCUUGAAACGUCAAUAAAUAAUUUAUAUAUAUAUAUAAAAAUAUAUAUACACACACAUACAUAUAUA